UUUGUAGUUCUAUGAUCUAUACACAAUCUGUCAAAUUGCAAAUAGAAAUUCUUUUCGUAAAUACAAAUGUUUGAAUUUCAAAUUCAAUUUUAAUUAUUAUAAUUUAUGUAGUUUAUGAAAUUAAUAAGUACCAGAGAUUUAGAAAUAAUAUUAUUUAAAACGAUAUCGCAAUAAAUUAGAAUUCUGAAGUAAUACAUAAUGGGAGAUGAAACUAUCAAACUUUCGGCUAAAACUUGGGCGAGAGCAGUUAAUAGUAUUCAUAAAAUUAGAUAUUCCGAUGGUAUGGUAGAUGGUGAAAGUAAAGCAUUUCAAUCAAGUUUUGAUAUGGGAUACGAGGAAGGAUUUCGAUAUGGAUUAAAAAUGGGAUUUGUUAAUGCAAUAGAUCCACCCAGGUUGAAUACAGCAUCAAGUGAAAAUGCUAAUUGCAUAAUAUGCUCUGAUAGUAAUAAAUUAAAAGACAAUGUUAUCAAUUUAUAUAAUUUACAGAAAGAGAAAAACAAUGAAGCAUUUUUGUGAAAACUACGCAUAUACUGAAUAAAAGAGAAACUUAGUCUCAAAU